AUGGCUCAGUCCCCCUCAAGCUCCCCUGCUCGAAAACGCCAAAGGCUUUCAUCCCCAACAUACGAGGUUGAAGAUCUCACAGAACAUGAUCUCAUUGCAUUCGACGAGAUUGAGGCGCGUCUCUCGCAGGAGAACCAACAGGAUUCUUCACAGGAGCGGGAUGGGGCCGGAUUCUCUACAACAUCAGGCUCAUUGAACGCGAUAAAGCAGCCUGAGUGGGAUGAUGCUCAACCUCGAGAACCGUCUUCUUCGUUCCCAAAGCCUGGUUCAGAGUCGGGCAAGGCUACAGGACUCCACGACGACCCAGACAACCCCUUCAGUCAUGGAUUUAUGUCUGCUGCAAAAGCACCGAAAGCGCAAGCAGUAUUCUCUUCAGCUUCUGCCAUGGUCGGCUUCACGUCCGCCUCAGCUCUCAACCUAAGCAAAGACUACGAAAGAUCGCCAUCUCCUGAAGCUCAACCCACUGGGGCCGACUUCGAGGCUUGGUUCAAACCUGCUUCCGCAGAGCUGCCAGCACAUUUUGUGGCACCCACGUCGUUCGUAGGUUUUACGACGGCGAAGUUGAAGGAUACCUCGAGGACGAUUAUCGUACCGUCGAAGGAGGCAUUGGCAAAAGCUCAAGCCAGGAUUGCUGCCUGGGAGAAGGAGGAUGUGCCCCAAUAUGGGACGAACGACGAAAAUGCCGGUUCUUCAAAUCUUCUCCAAAAGCAAGCACCCCAAGUUGGCUUCAAAUCAGCGUCUCAUCAUGCUGGCCAUUCACCGCAACGGCACGCACUGCAGUCAGCUUCCAGUCUUAUGAACACCCCUGCAACGCCGAGUCCAGCUGGCACAGGGUUUUCGCGGGCUGGACUUCCAUCUUCCAUCCUUCAGCAACGACCGACAGCCUUUAAAUCUCCGCUCGUCAAGAAAGUUCAUUCCGUACAUAACCCUCCUUUCCACGGAUCGCCUCUUAACCCAGGUCGGCCAAGCACCUCUCUAGGCUUCACAACAGCCACAAGCGUAACUCCACUUCCUCUUUCCAACCCACCCCUCACAGUGCCUCGAGCAUCUCAUCCACAUUCAGGCUCAAGUAGUUCUUUAGGGUUCGUCACCCCUCUCCGUCCUGGCACGCAUACACCUGCUUCGGCUCUGAGAACGCGGCCUGCACGUUUCGUCACACCCUUCAAAGCGAACAUGAGGCCCGGCGGAGCUGGUCGGUCAACACUCAUUGCCUCUAGCCUUGGAAGGUCGCCAAUGCCUCAAGCUGCGAAGAUUAGGACACCUCAGCCGCCACAGCCCAAUAUUGUUCCGCGAGAAAAGCCUGUACCACGAAAGUUCUUCGACCUGGUCCCCCCACCGAAGAGACAGACCUUGGAGACCUCGGGUCUGCAGCCUCAGCAAUUUGACGACCUGGAGUCCGUGGACAUUGAUGCAUCAACACUGCGAAUAAUUACACCAGAUUCUGCAAUGUACUACACAUUCCACACACGCUCCUCCACACCUCCGCCCCCGGGUUUAGAGACGCCGACUAUCCUGGGUCCCAAAGAGGCACUUCAGGAGCUCCUCACUCGCGGCUGUACCUUCGCCACGAAACCAUGGGUAGACAACCACUGGGCACUCAUCUUGUGGAAACUUGCAGGCAUGGUCACUCUUGAACCUGAGAAGGAGUCCAAUGCAGAGAUGAGAAGAUGGUGCUGGGCGGAAGUCAUGCGGCAGCUCCUCUAUCGAUACGAACGUGAGCUGAACGCUGGUGUUCGACCUCCCCUCCGCAAACUAGCUAAUCAGGACGCGCCGGCGGCGUUUCCUAUGGUGCUCUGCAUUUCGAACAUUAUUUGGGGCCCUGGAGGCAGGACAGAGGAUGGCCUGCCCAUCGAGCCUCACCCCGAGUUCGAGUUGACGGACGGGUGGUACCGCCUACGGGCACAAGUUGACGCACCGAUGGCCAGGGCAGCGAGGAAGGGCGUAUUGCGUGUUGGGAGGAAGCUGGGGAUCGCCGGUGCCAAACUUUCGACCCAGAAGAAGGACCCAAUGGAGAUUCUGGAGGCGUACAACUCGACAGCGUUGGUGCUGACUGGCAAUUCGUCGCAUCUUAUGCCUUGGCAUGCGAAGUUGGGCUUCACAGCGGGCCCGUGUGUUUCAACUCUGCAUAGUCUCACUUCAGACGGAGGUCUUGUUGCUGCUCUGGAUUUCGUUAUCAUUCAGACGUAUUCUGUUGCAUUUUUGGAGACCGUCGAAGACGAGAAAGGGCAGAAAGAACGUCGAGGGCCGUGGAACGAAGCAGAGGAGAUGCGGGUUCAUGAACAGUGGAAGCGGCGACGAGAGGUAGAGGCUUCGAAGCUAAGAGCCAAUCUGGAAAAGGAUGUUUCGCGUUAUGAAGGGUAUAUCGACCGUCUAGAGAGGAAAGCUGGCAGUCGGUUUCAACCCACCGAGGAUGACUGCCCUCCGGACAGUAUAGAAUCGCUAUAUGACGAGCUCGAAUACCCCGACACCGCCGCGACCCUUCUUACACGUAUCUCACCUACCGAAGCUGGCUGGCUCGCCCUUCAUAUCCGGAAGCAGACUGAGAAACAACGCGAGGAGCUGGCAGACCUCAUCGAGAAAGAACUGCAGAUCAUCUGCCCGCCACGCGAUGUCCGCUCGUUCCGGUUGCUCACUGUGCAGGAUGCACGCACGUCGCGGAGACCGGCAAAUCGGAUGGCGCAGCUGACGGUGUGGGAUGUAUUGUCGUUGAACUUAGAUGAGGGCUCGAAAGCGGGGUCGUUUGAGUGUGGGCAGAGGUAUUUGGCAACGAACCUGGUGCCCACUUCACCAAGUGCAUGGAUGGACACCCAGCCUGGUUCAGAGAUAUACUUGAGCACUCGACGCGACACACGGUGGACGAAGAUCAGGACAGUGCUUUAG